AUGGCCGGCGCUUCCGUCAAAGUGGCCGUCCGGGUCCGGCCAUUCAACGCCCGCGAAAUCAGCCGGGACGCCAAAUGUAUCAUUCAGAUGCAGGGGAAAACAACCUGUAAGUGGCCUUGUUGGUCUGUGUGUGUGUGUGUGUGUGUGUGUCCAUCUGUCUUUGAGCCUAAUCGAUUUUUUAGUGUGGCGGCACCUGUACUUUGGAGCUCCCUGCCGAUGGAUGCCAAGCAGGAACCUUCACUGUACUCUUUUUGGUGCCUGCUGAAAACAUUUUUAUUUAGAUAAACCUGCCCUGAAUGUGGAUCAUGUAUGUUUUCAUCUGUUUUUAGUUUAUUGAUUUAUUUUAUUUUUUGAAUGUUGCUUUUACUGAUAAUUGCUGCUGUUUCAGUCUCUGCUAUCCUGCGGUGUAAUAAUUUUGUGAAAUAAUAAUUUUAAAAAUGCGAUAGUUUGGAUCCCACCAAAAAGCACCCAAAUCAUUGGAGUUGCAGCCACGUUAUGGGAAGAAGCUGUUGAAAAACAAGGAAGCCUCCUACAUCCCUAACAUGGAGCCAGACUAUUGAUCCACCAAGCUCAGUAUGGGCAACACUGGCUGGCAGCACCCUUCUGGGCUUUCAGAGCCAGGGCGUGUCUCACGGCCCUCCCUGGAAAUGCCAUUGGGGACUUGGGCUCAUUCCCUGCCUUUGCUCCCCAGGAAAAAGGCGGGUGCUCCUCUUUCUUGCCCAGGAGGCAACAAAGGGGGGGUGAGGAGUGGGGGGGUUUUGCACUUUAAAUCCACCCCUCCCCCUUCUCUUGAAAUUUGGUACUGCCGAGGUCAGGUGACCUAUUAGGGAUAAUUUAACUGUGAUUCCUGCAUUGCUGGGGCUUGGGCCGGAUGACCUUUGGGGGUCCCUUCCAGCUCUGCGGUUCCUAUUUGAACAGGAGCUUUGAGCCUCCAUCCGUGGGCUUCCCUCUGAACAAGCUGCCUGCUGUUUUGAGUUGCUGCUCACUUUAAUUAAAUCUCCCCAGAAUGUCACCUGUAAUGCCUGUCACAUGGCCUGGCUUAAUUAAAUCAGUUAAUCAGGGCAAAGCAUUAAUUGCCAAGAGCUGCCUGUACCAAGCUUCCUGAGUUCUUCUGGGACACCUCCAGCCGCAAAAGGCCUUUUUUUAAUGGAGGGCGGGUGGUUUGGCUGGUCUUCUCUCUCCCCCCGCUGCAUCCAACCAGCCCACUUUUCCUGCUCUGUAACUUUACGCAAAACAAAGCCCAGUUUGGAAAAAGUUUGCAACGGAUCAGGAAGGGGAGGUAGAAUAAAAAUCACAUGAGAGGGAGUCAUUUUGUUAAGGCGGUGUCAGGGGACGGGGACCUUGCAUUUGCUAAUUUUAUUAAACCUUUGAAACAUCUUACAAAACCUCUUCCAAGGAGUCUUUCCGAUGAUAAACAACUGUCCUCUGCCGGUGAAAGGAAGUUGACGAGAAAGUUGCAGGGUGUUUUUUUUAAAAAAGCGUUAUAUGGGAAGAAGAAUUGUGUGUGAUUCUGGCUGGCUGAGCAAGUCAACAAGCCCUGGGCUUAUAAAAACACCCUGGAUAAACCUCUUUUGGGGCUCAUUUAAGUUGAAUUAAUCCUGUCGCCUGGUGGUGGCUGGGAGAGGGGUGGGGAGUGGGCUUUGCGGACACGCCAGACCCUCUUCCCAUCCUGUCCUUGUGCAAACAGCCCCUUCGAAGCCUACAAAAUAGAAAGGACUGGCCGCUUUGCACUUUUUGAAUCACUAAAAGCCAUGAGAAAGGCCAUGCAAAGGAACUUUCUCAAGUUCCAGUGGCCCACCUAGUCCAGCCUCCUGUUCUCUCAGAUGACUCAGUGGGGAAGCCGCAGGCACAGUCGGUGCCCCAAAGCACUUUCUCCCUUCCUGUGGUUUCCAGAAACUGGAAUUCGGAAGCAUCGCUGCCUCCAACUGCGAAGUCAGAGCCUAGCCCUUGUGGCCAGGAGCCAGGGAUAGCCCUCUCGUCCUCCAUGCGUUCGUCUAAUCCUCUUUUAAAGCCAUACAGGUUGGUGGCCAUCUCUGCCCCCAGUGGGAGGGGGUUCCACUGUUCAACUUUGCGCUGUGUGCAAAAGGACUUCCUUUUAUCCGUCCUGAAUCUCCCAACAUUCACUGCAUGUCCACCAGUUCCAGUUUUAUGACAGAGAGAGAACGGAAGAAAAACUUUUCUCUAGCCACUUUCUCCUAGCUGCGGAUAAUUUUACAAACUUCCAUCAUGUUAAUAAAUAAUACAUUUUAUUUAUAUCCCUCCCUCCCCGGCCAGAGCCGGGCUCAGAGCGGCUAACACCAAUAAAAUCACAGUAAAAACGUAAUAGGGGAAAAAGAGAGGGGAGAAAAACCCCCAAUUUAAAAUACAGGUUAAAAAUACAGGUUAAAAUGCAAUUUAAAAUGCAGCCUCAUUUUAAAGUAGCCGAUGUUGCCUCUUACUUACCUUUCCCCUAUACAGUGGUACCUCGGUUACACGCUUCAGGUUACAGAUGCUUCAGGUUACAGACUCCGCUAACCCAGAAAUAGUACUUCAGGUUAAGAACUUUGCUUCAGGAUGAGAACAGAAAUUGUGCUCCGGCGGUGCAGCAGCAGCAGGAGGCCCCAUUAGCUAAAGUGUUGCUUCAGGUUAAGAACAGUUUCAGGUUAAGAACAGGCCUCCGGGACGAAUUAAGUACUUAACCCGAGGUACCACUGUACUACAAAGCCCCUAGCGCUGCAACCGUUCCUCAUAGGGGAGUCUCUCCAAGUACACAGCUCAGUCGGUAGAGCGUGAGACUCUUAAUCUCAGGAUCAUGGGCCGCAUGUCGGGCAAAAGAUUCCUGCAUUGCAGGGGGUUGGACUAGAUGACCCUCGGGGUCCCUUCCAACUCUAUGUGUCUUUCUCUACUGGAGGAAGAAGAUGCUGACCCCAAGAGGACCUUGUCCAGAUCCCGGUGCACCCUGUGCCCCAGCCUGAUCUCUCUCCCUGGCCUUGGCGUUUGUCGCUGUGCCUGCCAGGCCCCCCCACCAGCUGCUUGACCCCCAUCUAUAUUUAGCCCCGGGACAGCUGAGGGGCCCUUGUGCAGGGGGUACUUGCUGGAGGAGGAAGAGGUGUUGGUGGCCUUGGGGUGGCACGCAGGGGCAUCCGGGUUUCCCACAGAGAGGAAGCCAUUCCCCUUUCCCCCAACGCAUUACCCCGGCCCACGGGGUGCUGAGAGGGCAGCUUCAAAGCCGCAGCUAUUCGAGUUAUGCAGGGAAUGUUUUUUCAAGAGCUGAGGCUGAGUAACGCCACUGGGCCGGCUUUCCAAGGCGAGGAACGCAGUGCUGGUCCGUCUGUGGAUUUCCUAGAGCGCACAUUGAAUGCAGGGGAGGGGAGACGUUGGCUGUCUUUGUUCCCUGGUGUUUUUUGUCCUGUCCUGCCCAGGGGCGGAGGAAGGCGGGUGCGGUGUGGAUGGUCCGCCCCAGGUGUCACCACUGAGGGGGGUGACUGAGGGGGGCGGCACUCACUGUGGGGCCUGCAGCGUGCCCGAGCCACACAUCUCUCCUGGGAGAGAGACACAGCGGUUUGGGCGUGUGCAGGCUCCGUGCUGCCCAAACGGUCCGCCCGCUGCCUCCCCCCCAGCUGUAGCGCAGCUGAGUGGGAGGAGGCAGGCAGACUCCAGAGGCCCGAUGGUACGCCCCACCCCUAUGGGUGGCUCGCCCCACCCCUGGGCACGCCGCGCCAGGCGCCUGAGCAGCUUCCUCCACGGCUGGUCCUGCCCUGGCUCUACUUUGAGGAAGGAAAACCUCUCAGCUUUUUGGAGAGGAAGCUUCCUUUCCCUUCCUUUCCUCCCAGAUGCAACCAUUGGCUGUGGUUGCUGCACUGCAGGGGGUUGGACUGGAUGGUCUUUGAGGGUCCCUGUGAACUCCGUUACUCUGUUACUAUAAAAGGUAAAGGUAAAGGUACCCCUGCCCGUACGGGCCAGUCUUGACAGACUCUAGGGUUGUGCGCUCAUCUCACUCUAGAGGCCGGGAGCCAGCGCUGUCCGCAGACACUUCCAGGUCACGUGGCCAGCGUGACGAAGCUGCUCCGGCGAACUGGCACCAGAGCAGCACACGGAAACGCCGUUUACCUUCCCGCUAGUAAGCGGUCCCUAUUUAUCUACUUUCACCCGGGGGUGCUUUCGAACUGCUAGGUUGGCAGGCGCUGGGACCAAGCGCACCCCGCCGCGGGGAUUCAAACUGCCGACCAUGCGAUCGGCAAGUCCUAGGCGCUGAGGUUUUACCCACAGCGCCACCCGCGUCCCCAUCACUCUGUUACUAUACUUAGAGACAAACCUCCACUCCUUAAAGGCCAACCACCAAACCCAAAUACCAGAGUGAGGAGAGCCCUUGUAGUGUUUUAUUAUUUUUAUUUUGUAUUAUUUAUAUCCUGCUUUUUCUCCAAGGAACUCAAGAUUAGAGGCUUUAAAAGAGGAUUGGGCAAAUUCAUGGAGGAGGAGAGGGCUACUGAUGGCUCCCAGCCAGGGUGGUUGUGCUCCGCCUACACAAUUGGAGGCACCGAUGCUUCCGGACACCAGCUGCUGGAAAACGCAGGAGGAGAGAGUUGCUCUUCCGCUCGGAUCCUGCUUGCGAGUUUCCAGGAUGUUGGUCUAGAGGCCUGACCCAGCAGCCAGGCUCAUAUGCUCUUAAGAUGACACCCGUGGUUCUCUCUCCCCCUCUCAUCCCCCGAACAACCCUGCCAGGUAGGUUUCAGGCUGAAUUGCUCUGGGCAUCCAUCCAACCUCUGAGCCAAGAGCGCUGUCUUCUGCGACCCAGCAGGGGGGAUAAGAAGCUGCAGAGAUGGAAGGGAUGCAGAGGGUCAUCUGGCCUGACCCCCUGCAAAAUGACAGUUGCAGCCAUCAAUAUUAGCGGUGUCUCCCCACUUACUUAACCUCUUGCACCCUCCAGGUCCACGGGGAAAGGAAGGGCAGUUAAGCCAGAGAAUAUGUGAAGUUGGAAGGGACCCCCAAGGUCUCCUGGUGGCGGCAUAGCUAGCCGCUCAGGUGCCCGGUUCAGCGCACGCGUCCUGCAGCCGGGGGCGGGGCGGGCCAAGUGUGGUGUGACGCCCAGUGCCCCCCCCCCUCACCUUGCUACCAGUGGCAUAGGAAGGUGGAUGCGGGAGUUGUAGUUUUUUUUUAAAAAAAGUGUCGUGUGCCCAUUUUUAAAAUUUUAUUUUAAAAACACAUAUUUCUGCCGUUUUGUCACCCCCCCCCCCCAGUGAUGACACCUGGGGCACUCUGCACCCACCACACAACCCCUUCCUACGCCAUUGUCUCCUGGUCCAACCCCACCCUGCAAUGCAGGAAUCCCGGCUAGGCCACCCGACCUCAGCAGUACCAAAUCCCUAAAGUCUGGCUCUUUGGGAAACGCCCGACUCUUAAAUCCUUCUUUCCUUGCAGGUAUCGCCAACCCCAAACAGGCAAAAGAUGCCCUCAAGAAUUUCACCUUCGACUACUCCUACUGGUCUCACACAUCGGUGAGUUUCUUUGGGAGGUGAGCAGGUGGGAUGAGGACUGGGCGCGGAACUAUUGCUGAUGGCGAAUUGGCAGAAUGGAGUUGAAACCUAAGCUGGCCUUCCGCAAGCAGGUGCCGCCUGGGUGUUCUGGACUGCAAGUCCCACCAGCACCAUAAGGCUGUACUGGCUGGGGAUGGUGAUGGGAGUUGUAGUGCAGAACUUUGGGGAGGCUGGCUGAGGACGGCUCCAGCCCCUUGGGAUUGGGGGCCAGGAGGAAGGUGGCAUUGGUGGUUGUAGCCCCUUGAACCUGGUGCAAGGCUUGGCGGGGGUUUAUUGGUUAUAAGGAAAUUCAAGGAAAGACUAUCAGCAUUCUCAUAUCAUCAAGUUUAGUUCCAAUAUGGCAGACUUGCAAUGAAGGUUGUUUUGAAAAUGAUGGUUCCACUGCAUAUGUCAUAAAGGAAUGCCAAACCAUAUAAAAAGUGUCAGGAGGUUGUAGACCUUGUUGAAAUCUCAAAUUAUGCGUAAUUUUCUCCUUUGCAGCGUCCAAGUGUAAGAUUUGGGGCUGUUUUCCAUAUUUCAUGUACUGCAUAAGACCAAUUCUUUUGACAACAUAUCUACAUUGGUAUCAUCAGAAAUGUUCAGUGGCGUUAAUUUUGGACAACAGACAACAGUUUUCUUAGUAAUAUUUAUUGUUCUUGUCAAAUCCCAAAAACCUUGCUCCAGCCAGCAUCGCCACCAUACAUGCACCAAGUUUAUUGCAACCUCUCCGAUUAGGUGAUACAGAAGAAAACAUUUCUGGCAUUUGCAAAGAGGUGCGAUGCCAUCUGUGUGGAGAUUUCAACGAGUCCCACCCCCCACCCCCAAAAAACCCCUGGAAACAGAUUUUAAGGGCCGCGGCCGCCAGAUUCUGUUCCAGAUCUUGGGAAGGUUUUGUGUGUUGACGCCUCGUUCCCCCGUUUUUCUAAGGUGUUGCACUCGGUGCAGUGCUGGCUUUUCCUUUUCCCUUCCAGGAGGAGGACCCCAACUUUGCUUCCCAGAGGCAGGUCUACAAGGACAUCGGGGAGGAGAUGCUCCUUCACUCUUUCGAGGGCUACAACGUCUGCAUCUUCGCCUACGGGCAGACGGGCGGCGGCAAGUCCUACACCAUGAUGGGCAAGCAGGAGAAGGACCAGCAAGGCAUCAUCCCUCAGGUGGGCCCCGGGGUCUGUGGGGCCAGGGCCUGGAGGGAGAGGCGGAAUGGCGUGCGGGAGCCCCAGGAUCGUUAUAGCAUAGAAACACAGAAUUGUAGCAUUGGAAGGGACCCAAUGGGUCAUCUGGUUUAACCUGUUGCAGUGCAGAAAUCACACCUAAGGGACAGCUGAGCGUUCUAACCACUAGGCCAAAUAAGUUGCACUCCGCUCCCCUGAAAUGAGUGGCAAGGCACCGAGAAGAGGAGGCAAUAAUGGUGAAAUGACCAAAAGGCUGCUUUACGUCCUUGUUGUUGUUUAGUCGUUUAGUGGUUUCCGCCUCUUUGUGACCCCCUGGACCAGAUCACGCCAGGCACUCCUGUCUUCCACUGCCUCCCGCAGUUUGGUCAGACUCAUGCUGGUGGCUUCGAGGACACUGUCCCACCAUCUCGUCCUCCGUCGUCCCCUUCUCCUUGUGCCCUCCAUCUUUCCCAGCAUCAGGGUCUUUUCCAGGGAGUCUUCUCUUCUCAUGAGGUGGCCAAAGUCUUGGAGCCUCAGCUUCAGGAUCUGUCCUUCCAGUGAGCACUCAUGGUUGAUUUCCUUCAGAAUGGAGAGGUUUGAUCUCCUUGCAGUCCAUGGGACUCUCAAGAGUCUCCUCCAGCAGGUUUACAUCCUAGUUUCAGCAAAUACAUGGCGUACAAUACUAACCCGUACCCUGAAACAAACAGCCACCCCUGCCUGGCUGAAUUGAAGCCUGGUCCACCGUGGUUCCCCCUGGGGUGCGGCUGGGGCGUCUCACCUCCUCCGCCUCUGUUUCCCCCCUCUAGCUCUGCGAAGACCUCUUUGCCCGAGUGAACGAGAACAAAUGCCCCAACCUCUCCUACUCCGUGGAGGUAAGUCCUUCCCACUUCCCCACCUGACCCUUGUGCCCCUCGUCUCCGCUGCCCUUCCCGGCUGGCCGGCUGCGCCCUUUCACAGCCUGCCCCUCCCGCCUUGCCCGCUUUCCCAGGUGAGCUACAUGGAAAUCUACUGCGAGCGCGUGCGCGACCUCCUCAACCCCAAGAGCCGCGGGAACCUCCGCGUGCGGGAACACCCCAUCAUGGGUCCUUACGUCGAAGAUCUCUCCAAGCUGGCCGUCACCUCCUACGAAGACAUUGCCGACCUCAUGGACUGCGGCAACAAAGCCAGGUAUGCCUCUGUGGACCGGGGAGCUGCCUCGCCACGGAAAGGGUGUUGGGGAGCCGGGAAAGGGCGACCGGAACGAUAGAGGGGGCGGUGGUGGAGUGACGGCCCCAGGAGGAAAGGUUGCAGGGCCUCGGACUUUUCAGCGAGUGAGAAGCAACACGAUGGAAGUUUAUAAAACCAUGCCUGGCAUGGGAGAAACCGGACAGAGGAAAGUUUUUCUGCCUCUCUCCCAACACUAGAACUGGGUGGACGCCCCAUGAAGGUUGGGAGAUUCACGGUGGGUAAAAAGGAAGUCCUUCUUCAUGCAGCACAAACUGUGGAACUCCUUGCCACAGGAGGCAGGGGUGGCCAACCACUUGGAUGGCUUGAAAAGAGACAGAUUCGAGGGGGAGAGGGCUAUCGAUGGCUACUGGCCAGGAUGGUUCUGCUCUGCCACCACAGUCCAGUUGCUGGAAAUGGCAGGAAGAGAGAGUCUUGUGCUCAGAUGCUGCUUGCUGGUUUAUUCUAUUGGGCAUCAGGUUGGCCACUGUGGGAGCAGGAGGCUGAACUGGGUGGGCCCCUUCGGCCUGAUCCAACAGGCUGUCCUUAUGAGCAGGGCCCCCAGAACAUAAGGAGAGGCUCCUGGAUCAGGCCAAAGGGGGGGGGGCAUCUACUCAAGCACCCUGUUCUCACAGAGACCAGCCAGGAAACCCACAAGCAGGAUUCGAACGCAAGAGCCAUUCUCCCCUCCUGUGGUUUCAAGCAACUGGGAUUCAGAAGGCUCGCUUCCUCAGACCAUGGAGACUGAGCAAAGCCAUCCUGGCUAGUGGCCAUCAAGAGCCCUCUCCGAACCUGUUGGUGGCCUUGGUACUGCAUUGGGCCACGGCUGGACCUUUUAUGUGGGUAGUUGUGGCUUUCGCCUCUUCGCUAUGAGAGGAAGGCGAUGGGGCUUAGCGGAGGGACCCUGAACCAAGAUAUCCCUGGCUUCUUUUGGAACCAAAAGGAAGAUUUCAAGUGACAUGGUACCUAAGAGAAGGCGGUGAGGCUGGAUCUGUGGCUGGUUAGGUGGAGGGACUCAGAAUUGUAAAGUUGGAUGGGAUCCCCAAGGGUCAUCUAGCCCAACCCCCUGCUGCAGUGCAGGAACCACGGCUCCAGAAUCCCACCCUACCUCUGCUUAGAAACCUCCAAGGAAGGAGAGUCUGCCACCAUCCAAGGUGGAAAUGCUCAGUCCUCUCUCUCUCUCUCACACCUUAAUAUCCUUCCCUGUUCCCAGGACUGUCGCAGCCACCAACAUGAACGAAACCAGCAGCCGCUCCCAUGCCGUUUUCACCAUCGUGUUCACGCAGCGCCGCCACGACGAACUCACAGACCUCGACACAGAGAAGGUGAGGUGCCUGCAGCCUUGGGGGGCAGGAGGGAGCAGAGCCUUCAGGGCUAUGAGCAAACUGUACUCCUGCUACUCGCCUGUAGCAGACAGGCGGCCUGCUCCUGCUCUUUCUUCUGCCACGUUGACAGCUGUGCAUUGCCUACAGCUUCGUGCCCAGGCCCCCAUUUCUCUCAGCUCGGUGGCAGCCGUGUGGUGUAGAAUCAUAGAAUCUUAGAGUUGGAAGGGACCCUGAAGGUCCUCUAGUCCAACCCCCCGUGAUGCAGGAAUCUCAGCUAAAGCAGCCAUCAGCCUCUACAUUGGCUCCCAGUACGUUUCCGAGCACAAUUCAAAGUGUUGGUGCUGACCUUGAAAGCCCCAAACGGCCUCAAAGGCCCAGUAUACCUGAGGUCCAGCGCCGAGGGCCUUCUGGUGGUUCCCUCCCUGCAAGAAGUGAGGUUACAGGGACCAGGCACAGGGCCUUUUCGGUGGUGGUGCCUUCCCUGUGGAACACCCUCCCACCAGAUGUCAAGGAAAUAAACAACUACCUGACUUUUAGAAGACAUCUGAAGGCAGCGUUGUUCAGGGAGUGUGUGACAUUUUAAUGUAUUUUUAAUCUUUGUUGGAAGCUAUCCAGAGUGGCUGGGGAAACCCAGCCAGAUGGGCGGGGUACAAAUAAUAAAUUAUUAUUAUUAUUAUCAAAUGAGAGAGGGUCCACAACCUCCCGAGGGACUCCACAUCUAUAAGGGAAGAAAAUAUACCCGUUUCUCUGCUGUUGUCUCCUCCUUUGAUUCAGCAUCUGGGACAAGAACGGAGAAAGGGGGUCCUGAUCCCAAGUACAUACAGCAGCACGGAACAAGGGAGGAAAGCCUCUCUUUCUUUCUUUCUUUCUUUCUUUCUUUCUUUCUUUCUUUCUUUCUUUCCUAUCUGGGUCCCUUCUUUUCAGGUCAGCAAAAUCAGCCUGGUGGACCUGGCAGGGAGCGAGCGGGCGGAUUCGUCAGGAGCCAAGGGCACGAGGCUAAAGGUGAGUGCUCCGCCUGGCAUGCCGAGAAGCCGCCAUCUUGGCAACCUACAGCAGUGGUUGCCAAAGUGGGUGGUUCCCCUCUCUGGGGUGGGCGGUGGUAUUAUCUAGGGGGGAUGCUAAGAAGCAAGAGGACUGUGACUACCAGACUUUGCAAAGCUGGCAUCGCCAGGUCAAGUUUGCUGAAUUAAUGGAGCUAAGUUGUAUUAUCUGGGUUCUGAAUAUAUGGGCAAUUAUCUGUUGCUGCUUUGCCUUUUGUAAGGUUAUUAUUUUCCUCAGUCGGUUAUGCAAACCGCUGUUCUGAAUAAUGCUUUCUUUAUAGGGCAGGGGAGGGGGCACUGGGGGCGGGUAUAUGGAACCAGGAGGGUAGUGGAGUUCCUAAAAGGUUUGGGAACUGCUGGGCUAGAGUAAGCCUCCCCUGACAAUGGGGUGCAUGUGUGCCAGAGGGGGAGUGUGUGUGUGUGUGAGAGACAGAGAGACAGAGAGAGAGAGAGAACAACAAGAGAAAGAAGGGGGAGUGUGUGUGUGAGAGAGACAGAGACAGAGACUGGAAGACACAGACAGACAGACAGACAGACAGACAGACAGACAGACAGAGUUAAUUCUAACAAGUUAGCUGUGAUUCCUGCAUUGCAGCUCUACAAUUCUAAAAUUCUGUAAGUUAUUUUCACCCACUUUUUCAGGAAGGCGCCAACAUCAACAAAUCUCUGACCACCCUGGGCAAAGUUAUCUCCGCGCUGGCAGAGAUGGUGAGUGACCUUUUGGGGGGGUCCUUCUUCUUCGGGGUUCCAGGCUUAACUCGUUUUUAGUCUUAUUUUUAUUUUAACAUCCAAAGGCUUUAAUCAUCGAUGCAAUCCUUUCCCAGUGGCAAUUUCAUUCCUUUUUCUUUUUGUUUUUUUUGGGUACACUGCUCUUUUUUCACAAAAUCAAACAGUGUAUUAAAUUUUACGAAAUAAGUAAAAGCAAUACCUGGAAUGCAUUUAUUUAAAAAACCAGUAGCUUGUAAAUAACCGUAUGUAUUAUUAUCCAGAUUCGUAUGUAAAUAACCACAUAUGAAUCUGGAUAAUAAUAACACCUAGUAUACUGGGACGUGGGUGGUGCUGUGGGUUAAACCACAGAGCCUAGGGCUUGCCAAUUAGAAGGUUGGCGGUUCGAAUCCCCGCAAUGGGGUGAGCUCCCGUUGCUCGGUCCCUGCUCCUGCCCACCUAGCAGUUCGAAAGCACGUCAAAGUGCAAGUAGAUCAAUAGGUACCACUCCGGCGGGAAGGUAAGCAGCGUUUCCGUGCACUGCUCUGGUUCGCCAGAAGCGGAUUAAUCAUGCUGGCCAUAGGACCCAGAAGCUGCACGCUGGCUCCCUCGGCCAAUAAAGCGAGAUGAGCGCCACAACCCCAGAGUCGGCCACGACUGAACCUAAUGGUCAGGGGUCCCUUUACCUUUACUACCUGUAUACUAGAGAAGCAUCUAUAUGGAAUUGUAGUCAUUUGCGUAAAAUUGCAUAAUUGUAGUUGUUUGCAUAUAAAGUGUUAAUAAUACACAUUUCCCCUUUUUUAUUUAUUCCCCUUUUAAAGAUUAUUAUUAAUAAAAAUGCAAAAUAAAUAAAAACAGGGGGCAGGCGGUGUUAUUGGACGGGGCGGAGGGCAAAGAGAGGAAUCGUCCCCCCUUUUUUCACCUGCCUCCCUCCUUCUUGACCCCCCCCCCAGCAAAACAACAAGAAAAAGAAGUCUGAGUUCAUCCCCUAUCGUGACUCGGUGCUCACUUGGCUGCUGAAAGAGAACUUGGGUGAGUUUUUGGGGUUGGGAUGUGGGGCAAAGUGUGGGGAAGAGGCGGGAGGUGUAAGGAGCUGGAAAGCAGCUAGAGAUGACUUUGGAUGGAUUUAACUUUUUAAAUAAAUUAAAAAAAAACAGCCUCCCAUCUACGACCCUAGAUUGGAGGAGAGAAAGGUUCCCUGGUUUUGGGAGCCUCUGUUGCCGGUGGUGGUGAAUAGGGGUUAGAGGGUCAGGACUAGGAUCUGAGAGAGACCAGGGUUUAGGUCCUCCCCCCCCCCCCACGGCGGCCCUGAAGCUCCCUGAGGGUGACCUUGAGUUGCGACCAGUCUUCUCUCAGCCUAGCCUACCUGGCAGGGCUGUUGUGGAGAUUAAAUGAGGAGGUGGGGAGAACCAUGUGCAGGUCAAAAUGAGCUCCUUGAAGGGAAAGGUGGCAUGUAAAUGAGACAGAGGGGUAGAUAUAAACUGGGGGCGGGGGGACGCUGCUCCUGUAGGGUUGGAGAUACAGUGGUGCCUUGCAAGACGAAAUUAAUUCGUUCUGCGAGUUUUUUCGCCUCGCGAAUUUUUCGUCUUGGGAAGCAUGGUUUCCCAUAGGAAUGCAUUGAAAAUCCAAAAGGAAACAAACUUGCAAGACGUUUUCGUCUUGCAAAGCAAGCCCAUAGGGAAAUUCGUCUUGCGAAGCAACUCAAAAAACGAAAAACUCUUUCGUCUUGCGAGGCAUUCGUCUUGCGAGGCACCACUGUAAUACGUUUCCGUGUUCUCUGCCAUUUUUCCUGCGGAUUUCUAAAAAUGUAGGAGCCUUUGCAUAUGAUCUGUUUGCUUUCUUGGCCUUUCACAAAGGGUGGGGGGAUAAACUAGGAAGUAGAAGCACUUCCAGUCCACCCUCCUCCCCUCCAUCUACUCUCUCUCCCCUCCUUUUUUAUUUCUCAGGGGGCAAUUCCCGCACAGCCAUGAUUGCUGCCCUCAGCCCGGCUGACAUCAACUAUGAGGAGACACUGAGCACCCUCCGGUGAGCUGAAGAAGCAGAUAAAUUGGGGUGGGGGGUGGGCAGCUCUUGUCCCAUUCUGUUCCCCCUGCCCACCUCCUUCCUGGUGUAGCCAGAGAGUUUCCCCUCCAUUUGGGGGUCAAAGACCACAGCAGCCCAGAUAUGCCCUUGCUGUUUCUUUCUCUUACACGCUCGUCUUCCCAUCAAAGAAUCAUAGAAUUGUAGGGGGGGUGGAGAAGAGCUGUACACCACUUUGAACUCCUCAGAGAAAAAGGUAGGAGAUAAAUGCAAUAAAUAAAUAAACACCCCGACUUCCCCCCCCAUCCAGUUAUGCCGACCGCACCAAGCAGAUUCGCUGCAAUGCCGUCAUCAACGAAGAUCCCAACGCCCGCCUCAUCCGGGAGCUCAAAGAGGAGGUGGCCAGGCUCCGAGACCUCCUCUCUGCCCAGGGGCUCUCGGCCACCACCUUCGCUGGUAAGGGGGCAGGAGAGUGCCCCAGAGGAAGGGAGGGUAGGAGGUGAAGUCUGAGUGCUGGGGAUUUAGCUCCUGCCAUAUAGGCAAGGGACGCGGGUGGUGCUGUGAGUUAAACCACAGAGCCUAGGACUUGCCGAUCAGAAGGUCGGCGGUUCGAAUCCCCGCAACGGGGUGAGCUCCCGUUGCUCGGUCCCUGCUCCUGCCCACCUAGCAGUUCGAAAGCACGUUAAAGUGCAAGUAGAUGAAUAGGUACCGCUCUGGUGGGAAGGUAAACGGCGUUUCCGUGCGCUGCUCUGGUUCACCAGAAGCGGCUUAGUCCUGCUGGCCACAUGACCCGGAAGCUGUACGCCAGCUCCCUUGGCCAAUAAAGCGAGAUGAGCGUCACAACCCCAGAAUCGGCCACGACUGGACCUAAUGGUCAGGGGUCCCUUUACCUAUAUAGGCAAGAAGCCAAGGCAAGUUCCCCGGUAUUCUUCCAUCAGGGUAGACGUUACACGAGGAAAGGGUGUGGGGGGGAUGAGGAAAAAGGAAUGAGGCUGAUGUUGCAGCCUUGAGAACAGCUUGCAAACUCCCAAGUCCUGCAGAUGAUUUCAGGUGACACACCUAGGAUUCUGGGGUAGAGAAGCUACUAGCCACAGUGGCUAAGUUCUGCCUCCACAUUUGGAGGCAGCCGUGUAUCCCAUUGCCAGAUGUUGGAAACCCCAGGAGGGGAGAGCGACUCUUCUGCCUGGAUCCCAUAAUAGGCACCUGGCUGGCCACAGAGAGAACAGGAUGCAGGACUUUCGGCCUGAUCCAGCAGACUCUUCUUAUUCUCUUAAGCAAUUUCUGCUCUUCCUUCUCUGACAGAUUGAAAUAAUAGAGCGGCAGAGUUGGACGGGUCCCCCAAGGGUCAUCCAGCCCAACCCACUGCAGUGCCGCAAUUGCAGCUAAGGAAGGAAGGAGGAAGGGGGCGCAAUGGCUGGCUCCCUGUGUGCCUGAUGGUGAUGUGUUUCCCACUCUGCAGGUGCCAAACCUGAUGACCCGGGGGGCGGACUGGGCCUCCCCAUCUCUCCCUUUGCCCCGAGUGAGGACUCCUCCCUCCUCCUGGAGCCCCUGCCCCUCAAUGGGGAGUCUGAGUCGUACCCCGACAUGGAGGAGGAGAUGAUUUGCACAGAAGAGGCCAUGGAGAGGCUCCAGGUGAGAUUGGGGGGCAGGCGCUUAUCUCCAAACCACUCGGAAAGGGGGACUUGCAUCUAACUAGCCUGCCCCAGGGAAAAGCCCCAGGCUUGGGUUAGCUGGGGAGGGGGCAGCGCGUCUUGAAGUGAGCUUACAGGGAACCAGGCAGAGGGCCUUCUUGGUAGUGGCACCUGCCCUGUGGAACGCCCUCGCACCAGAUGUCAAGGCAAUAAACAACUAUUUUACUUUUAAAAGACAACUGAAGGUGGCCCUGUUUAGGGAAGUUUUGAAUGUCUGAUGCUGUAUUGUUUUUAAUAUUCGGUUGGAAGCCACCCAGAGUGGCUGGAGAAACCCAGCCAGAUGGGCGGGGUAUAAAUAAUAAUAAUUAUCAUUAUCAUUAUUAUUAUUAUUAUUGCUCUUCCUCCAACCCCUCACACACACAAACACACAGUCAAGUGACCCAGUUGCCUCAACUGUUCCUCCCAAGGCUUGGUUUCCAGACCCUCAAUUAUCUCGGUCACCCUCCGUCCUCUCACCAAAGGCUUGGGCUGGCUUUCUAGGUGGUCAUGAGCUGAGGGUCCUCAUUCCCACUUGUGUCCCAUCAGACCAGCACAUCUUCAAGCCUUUAGCCAUUUCCCCACAUUCUGCCGUUUUGAGCUUCUCCAAUUCAGCGUCACUCGUGGCAGAAACACUCUCUCACUGCGACCUGCGGCCUCGUCUUUUCUGCACCACAGCCACUCGCUUAUAACGGGCCGUAGGGAGUAGUUGGGCGGGGAAUGGUGGUAAACAGAGCGGCUUUCCUCGCCUGUGCCCUGAGUUGCUCCCCUGUCCUCGUAGGAGACGGAAAAGAUCAUCGCGGAGCUCAACGAGACGUGGGAGGAAAAGCUGCGGAAAACAGAGGCCAUCCGGAUGGAGCGGUGAGUGGGAUAAGCCCCUCUGGCACGGGGGUCUCCCUUGCAAAUCCCCCCCUCCCCAAGCAAGAAUGCUCGCUUGUAUCCGAGCAGCAUGUAGUCUCUUUCCCUCAAGGAAUGUAGUGGGUGCAAAUAUACUGGCUGGGGUGGGAAGGAGUUAUAGUUCCAAACAGCUGGAGGGCGCCAGGUUGGCCAAGGCUGUUGUAGGCAGACAAGGUGGUGUUUAGCUGAGUUUUGUUUUAUCAUUGAUUCGUUUUGUCGUGUUUACACCCCUCCUUCUUUCUCCAACGAGCACAAAGUGGCCUGGACUCGUAAUCUGGGGAACCGGGUUCGAGUCUCCGCUCCUCCACCUGCAGCUGCUGGGUGACCUUGGGCCAGUCACACUUCUCUGAAGUCUCUCAGCCCCACUCACCUCACAGGGUGUUUGUUGUGGGGCAGGAAGGGAAAGGAGAUUGCUAGCCGCUUUGAGACUCCUUAAAGGGAGUGAAAGGCGGGAUAUCAAAUCCAAACUCCUCCUCUUCCUCUUCUUCUUCUUCUUCUUCUUCCCUUCUCCCCUUCCUUCUCAUUUAAUCCCCCAAAUAUCAACCCUGUGAGGAAGGUUAAGCUGAGAGAAAACAGUGACUGGCACCCAAAGUCACUGUCCAGUGAGCUUCAUGGCCAAGUCGGAGGAUUUGAACCCUGGUCCUCUCCCAGGUCCUAGUCCAACAACAUCACCACUACACUGCCACGGACUCAGCGAGUAGACACAUUGAAAUCCAUUGAUACAACUUAGUCACGUUGCUUAUUUUUAAUGGGCCUACUCUGACAAAAAACUCGAGUUGAAUACUACCCACAGAUAUUAGCAUGAAAUAAUUCUUCAAGCCCUUUCUGGCUGUGAAAAUGGGGAAUGGAAGCCCUUUGAGCACCAGCGGAUGAAUCAUGCAAAGCCAAAAAGUGACAUGAGCCAAACUACCGAGAUAGACUGCCUCUGGACCUGGAGGUUCUGAAAGGCCCAUGCACUCCAGUAUCCUGUUCUCACAGUGGCCAAGCAGACGCCUGUGGGAAGCCUGCAGGCAGGAUCCGAGCACAAGAGCAACUCUCCGUUCCUGCGGUUUCCAGCAACUGGUGUUCAGGAGUAUCGCUGCCUCCAGAGCCACCAUGACAAAUAGCCCUCCUCCUCCUCCUCCAUCAAUUUGUUCCGUCCUCUUUUCAAGCCAUCCAUUUUGGUGGCCAUCCCUGCCUCCUGUGGCAGGGAGUUCCAAAGUUCAACUACAUGCUGCAUGAAGAAGGACUUCCUUUCACGCGUCCUGAAUCUUCCAACCUUUAUUGGUUCAUUCCUUUGAUUCUCGCACAACCAGACACACACACAGGGCAGCCCUGCCCCUUUGAGAACUGCUGAAAUGUUGAACCCGUCCCCAUCUGAAACCUGCCUGUCUGUCUCCCUUUUCUCCCUGCAGAGAGGCUCUCCUGGCAGAGAUGGGUGUGGCUCUCCGGGAGGAUGGGGGCACUGUGGGGGUCUUUUCCCCCAAGAAGGUAAGCAUUGGUGUUGCAGUGACAGGCGUCCGUAGGCUUCACUGGGCACGGCUGGUGGGGUGAGGCCUGCGACUUGCCAAAGCCAGCAGAGGGGGCUCAGUCUUUCCCCAUUUAAGCAAAAGCUUCCCAGGGUCUCCUGGGAUGGAGCUGGGGUGGGGGGAGUCUUUUUCUAUUGCCUGAGCCAGGGGUCAGCAAACUUUUUCAGCAGGGGGCCAGUCCACUGUCCCUCAGACCUUGGUGGGGGGGCCGGACUGGAUUUUUUUGGGGGGAAAUGAACGGAUUCCUAUGCCCCACAAAUAACCCAGAGAUGCAUUUUAAAUAAAAGCACACAUUCUACUCACGUAAAAACACACUGUCUGUGGGCUGGAUUUAGAAGGCGAUUGGGCCGGAUCCGGCCCCUGGGCCUUAGUUUGCCUACCCAUGGAAUCUGAGCCCUGUUGAAACCAUCUCAGGAGCAAACAUUCCACAAAUCCUGAACGGAGUCCCUAAGGCGGUUGGAUGGCGCCUUCUACGCCUCCUUCUAGCAAUUCCUGCAGCCAAAUUUGUGCCCAGCGUCUUGCUCUGCUUUCCUUUGGACCCCCUCAACGAGGCUGAGAGCAAGGCCUUGUUGUUUGGGCAGCCCUGGUCCCCCACAUAUACUGCCCAGGCCUGCACCACUUGGGUGCUGCUAACAGAGCAAAAGCAACAUGGCAAGCAACAUUCAUGAGAUCCCAGUCUCUGCAGCCACAGCAGGCGCUGUGAUUCUCCAGCAGUUUGACUUCACCCCUGGAGGUGCACUCCAUUGUGUCUCGAGACAGACAGGUGCCGUAAUUUCAGAGAUAGGGACAGCUGCCUAUUCCUGCAUUGGACUGGGCGAUCCUCAGGACCCCGUCCAAUUUUAUGCUUCUGUGAAAUCAGCCUGUGGGAGGGUUUGCUGACCAGCUUAGUAUCUUCCCUCUGUGUGUGUGUGUGUUUGCAAGCAAUGGCCACAAGGUGGUGCCAGUUUCUCCCAGCUGAUGCAUUUGCAGCAGGCAGCUCUGGUCUGGGCAGUGGUUUUUAAAAGCCACUGGUGUGAAAAUGCACCCUUUUGUUCUGCCCACAAGGGGGCAGCACCACCGUUCUUUCUCCCUCCUGGCCUCCUCCUGACAUAAGAGCCCAGCUGGAUCAGGUCCACAGGGGCCCGUCCAGUCCAGCAUCCUGUCCUCACAGUGGCCAACCAGAUGCCCCAAUGAGGAACCCGCAAACAGGAUUCGAGCAUAAGAGCAACUCUCCCCUCCUGCAGUUUCCAGCAACUUGCGUUCAGAAGCAUUGCUCCUGGUCCUGAAUGUCUCCCUGGUCCUGAAUGGGGCAGCUGUGCCCCUGAAGGACCAGGUGCGCAGCCUGGGAGUCAUUCUGGACUCACCGCGGUCCAUGGAGGCGCAGGUCAAUUCUGUGUCCAGGGCAGCUCCAUCUGGUACGCAGGAUGAGACCCUACCUGCCCGCGGACUGUCUCUCCAGAGUGGUACAUGCUCUAGUUAUCUCAAGCUUGGACUACUGCCAUGCGCUCUACAUGGAGCUACCUUUGAAGGUGACUCGGAAACUGCAAUGAAUCCAGAAUGUGGCAGCUACACUGGUGACUGGGAGCAGCCGCCAAGACCACAUAACACCAGUCUUGAAAGACUGGCUCCCAGUAUGUUUCCAAGCACAAUUCAAAGUGUUGGUGCUGACCUAUAUAGCCCUAAAUGGCCUCAAAGGCCCAGUAGACCUGAAGGAGUGUCUCCACCCCCACCUUUCGGCCCGGACACUGAGAUCCAGCGCCGAGGGCCUUCUGGUGGUUCUCUCAUUUUGAGAAAUGCGGUUAGAGGGAACCAGGCACAGGGCCUUCUUGAUAGUGGCACCCGCCCUGUGGAACACCCUCCCAUCAGAUGUCAAGGAAAUAAGCAGCUAUCUUAUUUUUAAAAGCCGUCUGAAGGCAGCCCUGUUUAGGGAAGCUUUUAAUAUUUAACGCUGUACGGUUUUUAACACUUGAUUGGGAGCCGCCCAGAGUGGCUGGGGAAACUCAGCCAGAUGGGAGGAGUAUAAAUAAUAAAUUAUUAUUAUUAUUAUUAUUAUUAUUAUUAUUAUUAUUAUUAUUAUUGCUGCCUCCAACUAUUGGGCAUUGAAACAUGUCGCAGAGUGCGUGCAGAGUGGCCCACACAGAUGGAAACAUUGAAGAGACACAAAUAAAUCUUUGCAAGGUUUAAUAACAACUUCCCAAACAUGCAUCUUACAUAGUGUCUAUAAUCGUCGCCCGUCUAUCCACCAGGGCAGAGUAAGGUACAUAUUGCACAUUAUAUUCACAAUUGCUGACACAGCUAAUUACAGUGACUUAUCAGCACCUUUCACACAGCUGUAAAAACUAGGUCAGGAUAUGCACCCUGGCUUUUCAAGUGAAACAAUAAUGAACCCUAACAUUUAAACAAACUAUUCAGCACCGACUGUGGAGAGCAGGGCAUAGGGCCGUAUGAAGGAGGGCUUCCAUUGAUCUCUGCCUGCCUCUUGUCUUAACGCAGACUCCGCACCUGGUGAACUUGAAUGAGGAUCCACUGAUGUCGGAGUGCCUCCUCUACCACAUCAAGGACGGCAUCACCCGGUGAGGCCCUCAGGGCUGUGGCGGGUUUGUGGGACGGAGAGGCGAAAGGGGUCCUUCUGAGCUGAUCCUUAUUCAUAUUACUAAUUAAUUAAAGUUGUAAUCGUACGAAGAGCCCAGGGCAGCUCGCAACAAAAAACAUCUCCGUCUCUCUCCCUUUCUCCCUCUCUCCGGGGACCCUUCCUUCUCCCCCUGCAGAGUUGGCCAGCAGAACGUGGACAUCAAACUGACAGGGCAGUUCAUCAGAGAGCAGCAUUGUGUCUUUUGCAGCGUCACCAACGAGUCUGGAGAAGGUGAGCCGGGUGGUUUAAGGAGCACAGGCACCUUCGAGAAGUUGGAGGGUCGCCUCCCUUUGGGAUCCCGAGUUCCUUUUCUGUAAUAACUCCUCCUCCUCCUCCUCUCCCAUUUCUUUUGUGCUUGCGUGGAGCAGGGGGGCCUCGCCGUGGGGCCACAUGCCAACAGGUACUGGGGUGUCUGUGGGUCCUGGCAGGGGUGCGGGGAGGUGCCAGCGUGUGGGUCCGCUGACCUGGGGGCCUGAGCUGCGGGCCCCCGUCUCCUGCCUCCCACCCUCUCAGUCUCUCAUGCUGUACGUCAGUGAUUCCCAAAGCAGGAGGACUUAAUGGUGGGAAGCAGCGCUAAGGGGCAAGAGAGUGGCAGGGUGGGGGCCACUGGAGGUGUAAAUGGCUACCAGACCUUGAGAAGCCAGUAUCCCUGGGCCAUGUUCACUAGUUUGGUGAGUUUAGGAAACCAAAUAAGAAAGAAAAAAAAGGAAACCAAAUAAGAAAAAGAAAGUAAGUAAAAACUUUCUGACAAGUAAGAGCUGUUUGGCUGUGGAAAGGACUCCCUUGGGAAGUUGUGGACUCUCCUUCCUUGGAGGUUUCUGAGCAGAGGUUAAGCAGUCUAUCUCAGAUGCUUUAGUUGAGAUUCCUGCAUUGCAGGGGAAAGGAUUAGAUGAUUCCAUGUAGUAGUUUUAUAGAAUCAUCUUCACUAUUAUAAAUUAUGAAAUGUGUAGGCCAACCCUCAGCCAACGACCACAGGGCAGUUAGCAAUACGAAACGAGAACAAAGAGUAAUAACCAUGGAAUUGUAGAGUUGGCAGGGACCCCCAGGGGUCAUCUAGCCCAGCCCCAUGCAGUGCAGGAAUCCCAGCUGACAGCCUGACAUCAUCUGCCAGUGUGGUGUAGUGGUUAAGAGUGGUAGUCUCGUAAUCUGGGGAACCGGGUUCGCGUCUCCGCUCCUCCACCUGCAGCUGCUGGGUGACAUUGGGCCAGUCACACUUCUCUGAAGUCUCUCAGCCCCACUCACCUCACAGAGUGUUUGCUGUGGGGGAGGAAGGGAAAGGAGAAUGUUAGCCGCUUUGAGACUCCUUUGGGUAGUGAUAAAGCGGGGUAUCAAAUCCAAACUCCUCUUCUUCUUCAUCUGCUCAGAAACCUCCCAGCGGAGGAGACCUAUACCACUGCCUCUUACUGUCAGAAAGUUCCUCCCAAUUGGCUUUCGAAUGUCACGCUUUCGAAUUUUAUCUUCCUUAGUGGGUCAUGCAAACCGCUCUUCUGAGCAACGCUUAUUUUAUAGGGUAGGGGCCCCUGGGGGUGAGUUUAUAGAGUCAGGGAGCCCAUUGGAAUAGGUGCUCCUGUUUUUUCCGAUCUCACAUCCCAGUGGGGUCUUUUCCCCCUAGCAAAGCAACCCCAGAAGGCCUGGGGACUUGGGGGGCAGGAGUAGAGAGGGUGCUAGCGGGUGCUGCGUGGUUCCUUACCACCACCACCCAGCCCACCCUUUCCGGGGAAGUGUGCCCUAAUCUUUGCCUCCCCCUCCUCCCUCCUUCAGUGGUUGUCACCCUGGAGCCGCGCGAAGGUGCUGAGACCUACGUCAACGGGAAGCAGGUGCUGGAGCCGCUGGUGCUGAGAUCAGGUCAGCUUUUCCCAAGUGGUGCAGUGAGCAAUAGGCUCGAUUUACCAGUUGCAUUGUUGGAAUUCUGUGCUGCUUUCCAAUCAAACGAACCCCGAAGCGGCUUGCAAACAAUAAAUGACAAUAACGGAAUGGUAUAAAUCACACAGUGCAAUUAACGAAUCAUCAGUCAAACCAUUGCUAACUAUAAAACACUGUUUGCAAACCGGCAGCUAAAAAAUAAGCUGAACGUACCAAUUACAGCAUAUGUCAUAUUAGCUGGUUCACAAAUCAAAAAGGCAUUUAUAAUGUAUAAAACAGUAUUUACAAGAUGACAACUAAAAAAUAAGCUAGACACACACACAUAUCUCAUUCUUGCAAUGACUCAUAAUAUUUCACUAUGUUCAUUAAAAUGCACCUAAACAUCCAUCAAAGGGUAAUAAGAAAUUGAAAUUAAUUGAAAUUGAAAUACUUUAUUGUCACUUGUAUACAGUGAGAUUGUUAAGGGACACGGGUGGCACUGUGGGUUAAAACACAGAGCCUAGGGCUUGCCAAUCAGAAGGUCGGGGGUUCGAAUCCCCGCGAUGGGGUGAGCUCCUGUCGCUCGGUCCCUGCUCCUGCCAACCUGGCAGUUCGAAAGCACGUCAAAGUGCAAGCAGAUAAAUAGGUACCACUCCGGCGGGAAGGUAAACGGCGUUUCCGUGCGCUGCUCUGGUUCGCCAGAAGCGGCUUAGUCCUGCUGGCCACAUGACCCGGAAGCUGUAUGCCGGCUCCCUCGGCCAAUAAAGCGAGAUGAGUGCUGCAACCCCAGAGUCGGCCACGACUGGACCUGAUGGUCAGGGGUCCCUUUACCAUUACCUUUAAACAUCCAUCAAAUGGGAGGAUCCUGAUCUAAACAGAGCAGAAUUGUGCCUCCCUUCCCGCAAGACUCUCCUUGGGCCCAUCUGUGUGUGCGACGUGUUUGUGCAGGAAAAACAUGCCCCAAAGCCAGAGGUGGUGCAGCACUUAUGAGAGUGUUGCGUUACAGGAACCCGGGAGAGACCAGGGUUCAAAUCUCCCCACUUGGCCAUGAAACUCACCUUGGGGGCCGGUCACUUGCUCACAGUCUAACCUACCUUGCAGGGUUAUGGGGGGAGGGUUAAAUGGGGAGGUGGGGAGGUUACCUACCUGGAGAAAAAAGGCAGAACAUACAUGCCAUAAUGAGCAAUGGCUGCCACACAUAGGCAUGGGCUAGUUUCUGUGGGUACCGCCAUAAACACCAUCUGCACACCCUGAAAUAUGGAUGCCUUCAGAGCAAUAAUUGUUCCUCCGCCCCCAGAAGGUCCAGCUCUGAGGGCCUUCUGGCGGUUCCCUCGCUGCAAGAAGCCAAGUUACAGGGAACCAGGCAGAGGGCCUUCUCGGUGGUGGCGCCCGCCCUGUGGAACGCCCUCCCACCAGAUGUCAAAGAGAAAAAUAACUACCAAACUUUUAGAAGACGUCUAAAGGCAGCCCUGUUUAGGGAAGCUUUUAAUGUUUAAUAGAUUAUUGUAUUUUAGUGUUUUGUUGGAAGCCGCCCAGAGUGGCUGGUGAGGCCCAGCCAGAUGGGCAGGGUAUAAAUAAUAAAUUAUAAUAUUAUUAUUAUAAAGGGGGUGUGCGUGAGACCCAGGACAGGGCCUGCUCUGCAGUGGCCCCUAAUAAUUCUUUCUCCUCCUUGGUUGAUAUGUCUCCUUCCCUCCUCCCAUAUCCUCCUCCCUAUCUAGGGAACCGCAUCGUCAUGGGCAAGAACCACGUUUUCCGCUUCAACCACCCAGAGCAGGCGCGGCUGGAACGGGAGCGCAACACUCCCGCGGAGAGCCAGGCCGAGCCAGUCGACUGGAACUUUGCCCAGCGGGAGCUGCUGGAGAAGCAAGGAAUCGACAUCAAGCUGGAGAUGGAGAAGAGGUGGGCGAGUCUUGGCUAGUCAGUGAUAUCAUUUGCCAGAAGCUUGCACAGUGAAGGUGCCAGGCGCACCGCUGUGGGGAGGGAGUUGCAGAGCUCAGGGGCCACCGCAGAGCAGGCCCUGUCCUGGGUCACACGCACACCCCCUUUGAGCUUCUGGGGGUGGAGGAACAACCAAGAGGGGACCCCCUCUGCUGAUCUCAGCACCUCAGAAGGUCUGUAGGGAAGAGGGGGGCUGUUUCUUGUGACUUGUGGAGUGGGACCUCUCCUGUGUCUCUGUCACAAUUUAGUGUUUCUGUCCUCUCCUUUUCCCCAUCACCCUUUUUUUACAAAAAGGCUUCAGGACCUGGAGACACAAUAUCGUCGUGAGAAGGAGGAGGCAGACUUGCUUCUGGAGCAGCAAAGACUGGUGUGUACAUGUCUACAUGUCUCUGUUGCCCCAUACCUCUCCAGUGUAGGGAGGGAGGAGCAGGCAGGGCAGGAGUGACCCACUUUACAGAGCAGCACCCGAUAGGCUGCCCUCUUUGUUGCCAUUCUGUUGGAGAGGGGGCGGUCCCGGGUGCAGAGAGUUUGCAGGCCAGAAGCAAACAGGCUGUUGGUCAGCCAGUUCCAGCUCUGCCUAUAAAUCUCAAAGCCAAUAUUGUUUCUGGGGCUGAUUGCGGCCCCUAUGCACCCCCCCACCACAAGGUGCUUCUUUUUGCAACUCAUCGAUUUUUAAAAAGUUAAAAGGUAAAGGACCCCUGACAGUUAAGUCCAGUCGCAAAUGAUUCUGGGGUUGCAGCACUCAUCUUGCUUUACUGACCAAGGGAGCCGACAUUUGUCCGCACACAGUUUUUCCGGGUCAUGUGGCCAGCAGGACUAAACCGCUUCUGGCGAAACCAGAGUAGCGCACGGAAACGCCCUUUACCUUCCUGCCGGAGCGGUACCUAUUUAUCUACUUGCACUUUGAUGUGCUUUUGAACUGCUAGGUUGGCAGGAGCAGGGACCGAGCAACGGGAGCUCAUCCCGUCAUGGGGAUUUGAACCCCUGACCUUCCGAUCGGCAAGCCCUAGGCCCAGUGGUUUACACCACAGCGCCUCCCGCGUCCCUUUAAAAAGUUACUAACUUGUUAAAUUUUAAAGGGUCACACAGCCCAAAAGGGCAAAGACUCAGCACAGCCACAAAAGGCUGUGAAAGUAAUAUUAACUCGUUCAAAAUAUUCCCUUUACAAAUAAUAAAGGUUUCUAAAAACAAAAAACAUACUCUUCACCUGUGAGAAGCUUGAGAGCAAAGCUUCUAUAUAGUAUUAAAUGAGCUGAACAUUUGUAUAUAUACUAAUAGCACUGAGUGACCAUGUGCCUCAGUGGGAAAUGAAAUCAAACACAAGCACACACAAACCUAUUCUGUAUGUGUGAGCGAGAGAGACUGGAGCUCUGCUCACCAAGGCAAAACCGUUUUGAGCAUAUAAUGGCUGCACUGACUCUGACUCCGCAGUCGGGGGAAGCAGUGCUGCUGAAUCCUAUGCACAGGGGUGCCUCGCAAAACGGUUCGGAAACUUCAGCUGGGGCAGAAUUUGGCAGCCAGAUAUAGCUUGAGCCUAUAUCGCCAAUCCUGGUCUGUCUGCACUGGCUGCCAAUUAGUUUCUGGAUCCAAUUCAAAGUGCUGGCUUUGACCUAUAAAACUUCAAACAGCUGAGGACCCCAAUACAGUAGACUCUCGGGUUACGUUACCUUCGGGUAACGUAACUUUUGGGUUAUGAACGCGACAAACUCAGAAGUGUAUACUUCCGGGUUUCACUGCGUGUGCAUGCAGAAAAGCGCUUUGCGCAUGUGCAGAAGCACUCUAUUGCACCGCACGCGUGCGCAGAAGCAGCACCUCUAGAUGCGGACUUUUUGGGGUACAUACAGACCCCCGGAACAAAUUAAGUCCAUAUCCAGAGGGUCCACUGUAUAGCCUCUCCCCAUAGGAACCAACCCAAACCCUGCAAUCUUCAUCCGAGGCCCGUCUUCCUCUUCCACGAAAGGUCCAGCAACACAAGGACGGGUCCUUUUCUGUGGUUGCUCCCUGCUUGUGGGAUGUUCUGCCCAGGGAGAUUUGCCGUGAGCCUUCAUUAGGCACCUGGCGAAAACAUUCCUCUUCAACCAAGCCUUUGGCUAUUAAACUAUAGUCUUUUAAAGCAGUGGAGGCAUUGUCCCACCCACUUCUUUUUUAUUAUUAUUACAUUAUGUGUUUCAUGCCGUGGCCUGUCGAUAAAGGCGGUAUACAAAUGAGAUAUGAGAAUAUCUUUUCAAGAAGGGCGCUUUGCUAAACCCUUGAAUACUAAACCAUUAAGAUCAGAGUACUUCUGGGAUUUGCCCAGUACAGUCCCCACUGCCCCCUGCAGAAACUCAGCUGCGUCCCCCUCUCCUUCCGUCUCCCCAGUACGCAGACUCCGACAGCGGGGACGACUCGGACAAGCGCUCCUGCGAGGAGAGCUGGCGCCUGAUCUCAUCCCUGCGCGAGAAGCUUCCGGCCACCAAGGUGCAGACCAUCGUGCGCCGAUGCGGCCUGCCCAGCUCGGGCAAAAAGCGGGAGCCGCUCCGCGUCUACCAGAUCCCCCAGCGUCGGCGGGCGGCGAAGGACCCCCGCUGGCUGACCCUGGCCGACCUCAAGAUGCAGGCGGUCAAGGAGAUCUGCUACGAGGUGGCCCUCAACGACUUCCGCCACUCGCGCCAGGAGAUCGAGGCCCUGAGCAUCGUCAAGAUGAAGGAGCUGUGCCGCCUCUACGGAAAGCGCGACCCCAACGAGCGCGACAGCUGGCGUGCCGUGGCCCGCGACGUCUGGGACACGGUGGGCGUGGGCGAGGCUGACGGCACGGCAGGGGGCGGCGGAGGAGGAGGGGGCUCCUCGGAGGUCCGCACGGGAGGCACCCCCGGCGCGGAUGUGGACGACCUCCGGGCCCACAUCGACAAGCUGACCGACAUUCUGCAGGAGGUGAAGAUCCAGAACAACAUGAAGGACGAGGAGAUCCGGGCGCUGAGGGACCGUGUGGUCAAGAUGGAGCGUGUCAUCCCCAUCUCAGCCCAGGUGAGCUGGGGGGCCUGCAAGGGGGGUAGGGGGGCAGUGAUGGUAAGAAUAGGAAUCUGGCCUCAGACCUAUGGCAGAAAUUAUAGUGGCUUCCUAAAAACACCAUGCAUCGUUCUGCCCGGACACUGAGGUCCAGCGCUGAGGGCCUUCUCGGUAGUGGCACCCACCCUGUUGAACGCCCCCCCAUCAGAUAUCAAAGAGAACAACAACUACCAGACUUUUAGAAGACAUCUGAAGGCAGCCCUGUUUAGGGAAGCUUUUAAUGUUUAAUAGGUUAUUGUAUUUUAGUGUUCUGUUGGAAGCCGCCCAGAGUGGCUGGGGAAACCCAGCCAGAUGGGCGGGGUAUAAAUAAUAAAUUAUUAUUAUAUUAUUACCAUCAUCAGGGGCCGUGUGGCUCAGUGAGGCUAUCCAUCUGGCUGGGCAGCAGAUGCCCAGAAGUUGGCAGCAGGGUGUCGGCACAGAGAGUCUCAGCUGAGGACAGCAAUCAUGGAAUGGUAGAGUUGGAAGGGACAUCUAGUCCAGUGUGGGUGGAGACAGUAACAAUAAUUAGAGAACCCCUUUUGGACUUUUUGUGUGAAAAGGACAAUGAAUGAAUGGAGAGGCAUUUGGGUCUGGAGUUUGGGAAAACAUCGCUUAACAGAAAGUAGAACAGUUGGAUACCUCCCUAGAGUGAAUGUUUUGAAUUAUUUCUUCUAUGCAAUGGACAGGCAGAAAACCAGAAGUUCUUAUUUCUGUUUCCAUUUGGAUUAGUUUAUUUCAUUGCAUUGCAAAAAAGGCUGUCAUGAAAUCUCCUUCAGACCCUUGCGCUUCUUCUUCUUCUUCUUCUCCCAGGAGGACGAAGACCUCGAGAACGAGUGGGGCUCGCUGCUCUUCUCCGAGGGGCUCGCUCCGUCGGAGGAGGACCCCAAGGAGGACGGGGCGGGUGGCCAGGACUCCCCGACCCCCAGGGAGGCCGGGGAGGAGAGGAGAGGCCCGUCCCCGCCCUCCCCGACCUGCUGCGACCGCGUCUCCCGCCUGAUGGAGAAGGACCCGGCCUUCCGCCGCGGGCGCCUCCGCUGGCUGCGCCAGGAGCAGGCGCGGCUCCAGAGCCUGCAGCAGCAGCAGCUGGCCAAAGCCCUGCGCCGCACCCAGCCCCACGCCACCCCGGGCAAGUUCAUCCCCCCCCAGGACUGCAAACUGCGGUUCCCCUUCAAGAGCAACCCCCAGCACCGCUACUCCUGGGCGCCCGGCUCCGCCUUCAUGGUGGAGGGUGAGCCGGCGAAGGAGGAGAAGGGGGCCGAGUCCUGCCCCCCGCGGCCCGCCAGCCCCCGCCCCGCCCGGAAGAGCAGCCCCGCGCCCCAGCAGAACAGGCGCUCUGUCCCGCCGCGCCGCAACUCCCUGGAAGGCGGGCAGGCGCGCGGGAGGCGGGGCCCCGCGCAGGAGCACUACCAGGCCCGGAAGCACAACUACUACCCCCGCCAGCACCAGCCCUACCCGCAGCACCGGCCCCCCAACGCCCCGGACGGCGGCCCCCCGCCCCGCAUGCGCCGGCAGAGGUCAGCCCCCAACCUGCAGCAAGAGCGCGAGAGCGCCGUGUGACCCGGGGCGAUCUGGCGCUCCCUGGCCAGGCGGAAGCAGGAAUGGGGGCGCGCAGGGAGGGGGCAGCGGUAGCCUCAGAUCCCGGACGGCUGCCAGCCUGCCAUGGACGGACAUGAUUCUGCAUCACAGAGCUUCCUUCUUGUGGGGCGAGGGAAGCUUGGGCGAUGGAGGGUGGGUGUUUUGAGCGCUGCUGCGGUUUCAGGAAGUGUGGAGUCGGAUCAGCAGGGUCUUUUCUGGCGGGGAAAGCCAAAGAGGUUGUCGUAGGGUGUAUUUUUUUUGUAAUAGGAACGGGUUUAGGAGGGGGAAAGGAUGGGUUGCUGUUUGGUUUUAAGGCUAUGCGAUAGAGGAGGUUGUGGAGGGUUUGUGCAAGGAGGUCAGGAGAGUUUGGCGCAAGAGGCCUUCCGGCCGUGGAAGGUGGUGGGCUUCCUCUUGAGCAGAGGUUGGGCGUCCGCCUGUCAGGGAUUCUUGGGCUGCGAUUCCUGCAUCGCGGGGGUUGGUCUAGAGGACCCUUGGGGUUCCCUUACACCUCUACAAGUCUAUGAGGAAAGAGUGGGUGGGUUUGUCCAGAGAAGGCCAUGGUAAGAAUGUGGGGCUGAGGGGCUUCCCCCACACCCCAGUUGCCCCUCUCCCUAAAGUCAAAGCAUGGGUGUCCUGCCUGCCUAUUUUAGACAAUUCCAAAGUGGGGCUGGUGGAGGGGCGGUUGCUGCCUUGGGACGCCCCCACCCCCCACUUUGUGUGGCAGGGGGGCUGGAGCACAUUGGCCCCCGUUUAAGUGGUGCUGCCCUGCUCUCCCCCCCCCCAAGGAACAGCCUGUUUGUUGAAGGGGAACUUAUGGGGCAGAGGAAACCUCUCUGGGGCUAUUGAGGGCUGCUGUCACACACUUUGUCUUGGAGCAGCACACUCUCUGCUUGUGGGUGGAAUACUGCCGGGGGGGGCGAGUUGAAGUCCACUUUGAAGGCCAAGGUUGUGGCCACUGAGAAGGCCUCCCCCCCACCAAAAAAAAAAGUUUUUCCUGCCCUCUGUGCAGGGGGCAGGAAGAUCUCUUCUUGAUUUUCCUCUGUUGUCCGAUGCCACUCACGUGCUGUCAAUCUAUCUUCUAUUAGUUCUGGGUUGGGUUGGGGGCUGGGAUGAGGAAGCCCCUCUUCAGCUGCAAUUCCCACAUUGCCGGGGGUUGGACUAGAUGACCCUUGGGGUCUCUUCCAGCUCUGCAAUUCUAUAAAACUGGGCUACUCCUACGACACCCAGUAGGGCAAGACGUCUAACUAUCGUUCAGUGGGGCUUUUUUCCCCCUGGGGAGAUGGGCGGAAGAGAGGCAAGCCUGCUAUCUCUGUGACCGCAAUAUACUAUUUUUAACACACAAACACCCUCCAAAAAAACCACUGAAGCUGAUGGAUGGGGCUCGGCUCCGCCUGUUGGCUGCUACUGUCCCCUGACCCCCAUGCUUUCUCACUGCAGCCAAAGGCCUGCCCCCGACCAGCAAUCCUGUGGAACCCCAAGAGGGGGGAGCCUCAUGGCGCAUUCUCUUCCCCCACCCCCACAAGCUUUGCACGAGCACAGCGCGGGUUGGGCUAGAUGGCCUUUGGGGGUCCCUUCCAACUCUACAAUUCUAGGGUUCUAAGUGGGUCUGUCCAGCCCUUCCAAAACUGCUUUUUGUGGUGUGUCCCCCGAGGGCUUUCUUGUGGGUCCCCCCCCCCUUUCGUGAGAGGGAUUUGUGGGAAGUAUGUAUGGGGCAGGGGGUGCCUGUCUGUGUGUGUCCACGUGCGUGCGUGUGGGGGGCUGAGUGGCUGCUGCCCCUGGAAAUGUGCCUGAAGACCCUCUACUGUUAUCCUGUUCCAAUAAAGGUGGGGACAACCUGCCGCAUCUCUCAACGGACUCUCCUCCCUUCCUUGCAAACGCUGGUGGAUUGAGGGGUGAUGUGGGUGUGGGGUGCUGGGCUGGCAUGGGGGGGGUCUUUAUCACCUCCUUUGAGAUGGGGGGCACCUGGCUUGACAGCUGCACAUGUGAAAAGGAUCGAUCCACAGGGUGAUGCAGCAGCAAAAAAGGCUAAUACUACUCUCAGCUGCAUCCGCAGAAGUCUAGUGUCCAGAUCAAGGGAAGGAAUAAUCCCACUCUAUCCUGCCUUGAUCAGACUGCAACUGGAGUCCUGUGUCCAGAUCUGGGCACCCUAAUUUAAAGAGGACAUUGACAAGCUGGAAGGGGCGCAGAAGGAGGCAACCGAGAGGAUUAAGGGUUUAAGGGUGUGGAAACCAAGCCUGAUGAGGAACGGUUGAAGGAGCUGGGUAUGUUUAGCCUGGAGAAGAGGAGAGAUGAGAGCCAACAUCCAAUAUCUUCAGGGCUGCCACGUGAAAGAUGGAGCAAGCAUGUUUCCUGCUGCUCCAGAGGGUAGGACUUGAAUCCAGGGCUUGAUAUUGCAAGGAAGGAAUAACUGACUCACAAGGACAUUUAACUAUGGGAUGGACUCCCUUGGGAGCACUGCAGGGCAGACCCUCCCAAGCCCUCCACCAGAGAGCCUCCCAUUUUCUGGCCUGCUCAGCAAAACCAGGCUGCGCGUUUCCCCGCCUUCCCUCCCUGGUGACGCAAAUCCCUGUUUCUCUUGGCCGCCGACCCCACAGGUCAAGCCCUCUCCUGUUUUCUGUUCCUCGCGCCUUGCUGAGGACGCUGCUUCCCCUCCUGCCCCCCCCACGCAAGCCUCUCGUCCAGACAAGACACGGCUGGUGAAUUGUGAUGCCUCGCAGCACACCGCCUCCUCCAUUUGGGUGCCUCGCUUUUAUUUCAACAUGUCGAAAAGGCGUUGCUGGUGGCGUGGCCUGAUCUCCCGUGCCCCCAAAAUCUCCUGCCCCUUUUCAAGGUGCUGCACCCCAGACCCAUUCCCACGACGUCUCUCCACCUUCCGGGCCCAGCCAGCGGGGAGAAAGAACAACCAGGGCUUGCAAAAAAGGCUGUCGGCAUUCGCACUCAGAGGAAGCGUGGAUGACCCUGGUGAGACAGGGCGCUCUCCUUUCGUCUGCAGCCAUGGUGGAUAGGCGGGCACAGAUCCCAUUGGUGGUGGGGAGGAAGAAAAGAGGAUUCAUUGCCCUACUCUUCUAG